CAGGGGGCCGGGGCCGUCGGGGCUUUGUGCAGUGUUCCCGCGCGCGAGAGGGGCGGGACGGCGCGGUCCCCACGGGGCUCGCGCACGACAUCCCGGGGCCCGCGGUCGCCCGGACGGCCUGCCGGUGCCUGGCACUUCUGCCGCCUCCGUCCCGACGAGCGCGGACGGGAUGCCUCAUUUUAAAGACCCAGAUCCGCGCGUCUGGCACCGGCACCCAGUGCCCUGGCCUGCGGGGAUUGCGAAUUUGACAGCUCCUCGGGCCCCGGCGCAGAGAGGGUGUGUCUGCGAAUCCCAGGCCCGGAAGGCAGGCGAGGAGCGGUUUCCUUUCGGUCCCCGGCAUCCCUCCUCCCCUUCGUUUAGCACUCGAAGAGUUUUCUUCUAAGACCCAGUUGUAUCAAGUGUGUAGGUUUUGCGGGAUUUAAAACAAAACAAAACAAAACAAAAAACUUUAUUUUUUGGCAUUUCUGCCCUUCGUCUAUUGACUGGAAAAAUUAUGAGUUCGUCAGGAUGCCAUCUGCUCGGUUUUCAGCCUGUAUGCUUCAGUUUGUAAGCCACUUGUGCUGGCGUCAGCUGACCGAGACAGCUGGGACACGCUCUGCACCCGGGCAAGAAGAGCUCAUUCUUGGGGAAGUCACAUAAGAUGUGUGGUUGAUUUGAAAUUGUUGCUCGGACAACAUGUUUAUUUCUCUGUGGGAGUUCUUCUAUGGGCACUUUUUCCGGUUUUGGAUGAAAUGGGUCUUACGACAGAUGACUGGGAAGUGUGAACUGCAGCGAAUUUUUGACACCUAUGGCGGUGCACAGAGGACAUACAGGAUAGAAAACUCCUUGACAUAUUCCAAGAGUAAGGUCCUCCAGAGUGCCACACAAGUUGCUGAGAGUGAGCUGGACAGAUGUGUAGCGGACAUAAUGAAGGAGAAGAACAUCUGCCGGGAGAAAGACAACAGUUUUCAGGUAUGCAUGAAGACAUGCUUACUGCAGAUAUCUGGCUAUAAGCAGCUCUACCAGGCUGUGGAAAAUGUGAGGAAAAAACCCUACGAUUCUGGCAAUGCGCAGCAUGAGAAACUGCUCCUCAAGCUUUGGAGUCUUCUGAUGCCUACGGAAAAGUUGAAGGCCCGGAUCUCCAAGCAGUGGGUGGACAUUGGUUUCCAAGGUGAUGAUCCCAAAACAGACUUCAGAGGCAUGGGCAUACUUGGACUGAUCAAUCUUGUGUAUUUCAGUGAAAAUUACACCAGCGAAGCACACCAGAUUCUUUCCCGUUCAAAUCACCCCAAAUUAGGGUAUUCGUAUGCAAUAGUUGGAAUCAAUCUCACAGAGAUGGCUUAUAGCUUACUGAAGAGCGAAGCCCUGAAGCUGUAUCUCUACAACUUUGUCCCUGGGAUGCCAACCAUGGAGCACUUCCAGCAGUUCUACUGUUACCUUGUCUAUGAAUUUGACAAGUUUUGGGUUGAAGAAGAACCAGAAAGCAUUAUGUACUUCAACUUGUACCGAGAGAAGUUUCACGAGAAGAUUAAAGGACUCUUAAUGGAUUACAACACUGUACUCACUUUGAAAACAUGAGACACAGCAUCUUCUCUUUCUACCACAUUUUGCACACACAGCAGAAUUUAUAUGUUAUAGAAAUUAUCUGAUCAACUACACUCUUAUAUAUAAUUUCCUACAAAAUCCUUCAGAACUCUAUUUAAAAAGCUAGUGGACAAUCAGUGUAUGUUUACAGUUGUUUAUACACUGUUCUCCACAAGUUCGCACCCUUCCAAAGAGCCCUUCUGGAGUCACGUGAACUACAGUUUGGAACUUGGGACUUAGCCUGUUAGCGUAAAAGUCUAAAUCAGGUAUAUUUAUAUUUAGCCAAUUGACUAAAUGUGCACGAAUCUCAUUUUUAUGUGUUGUAGCUCUUAAGCUGGUGUCCUUUCCAAAAUUUUAAAACUCUUCAAGAUGAUUUUUCAGUCUGGAAAUGGCUUUUGAGUGUGCUUUGUCUCUUUUAUUUCUAGCCAAUGGGCACCGUGUAUGCUCUAAGGCUUCCUUUGUGUCCCCAGCACUUGUCAGGGUGUUCCUGCCUUAGAGCAGGGGGAGCAUGGUUCCAUCAGAGAGGGCGAGGAAUCACGGCUUCCUUCUGAAUCUCUCUGGAGACCAAACAUGACAGAAAAUGAGAGAACGGCAGCCUGGGUGACUCUGUUUUUAUUGACACGUAGCAUAUUUUGGGGGUCUUAUUUCAAGGUUUCCAGGCAUUUACCCUUGCUCAGUGUUUGCUUUUAUCAGCUGCAUAGAGAACCUUCCUCAGAGCUCCCUGGGAGGCAUCUGCCUCUGUGUUAGAGAGGAACUGCAUCUACUAAGAAAAUCCUAACUUUGGAAACAUGGUUUCUUUUAAGAUAAAACUAUCUUUGAAAACUACACAGGAAGAAAACUGAGAGCUUUCGCAAAAUCUCUGUUCUCCAUCAUUGGCGUGUUUGACUUGCUGUUCAUUUUUGCUUGGCCUUGCUUUGACUCUGGUGUUUCUGGGCAAUGAUGUAGGGACCUGGUCAACAGGCUGUGGGGUGCCAUAGCCUGGACUAUGACUGUGCUUUUGUAUAGCUUUACUCCCCCAAAGCUCAGGAGGGUGAAAAGUACUGCUGAGGAUCAGACGUGAUGAGAUUCUGAAGGGAUGCUUUCCUCUGGGCAUGUUUUAGAGAUUUGUUUUCAGAAAAAUUAAAAGAGUCUAAAGAUAGGAAAUGAUUAUUGGAUUCUGAAGCAGUGCUUAAGUCCCGUGGGGAAAAGUUCACAAUAUCAUAAGUUAGAAUAUGGUGCUAUUUUGCACAUGUUUUAGUAUCAGGUAUUUAAAGACUAGCUUAUGUGAUAGAGGAAGAUCUGGUACUUUCCAUCAGUUGAUGUGUGUCUUUUGUCAAACCCCUAUCUUCAUGCUGGUCGAACAGUGGUACAGAUGCCCACAUGACGCCGUGGCUGCAGUGUUGCAUAGCCCGUGCAUUACAGUGUAUGGGUUAAAAGUGUUUUUCCUCAAGGAAGAUGGAACUGUUUUUAAAAGUAGGUUUAUUUUAUAAUACUAGAAAGGAUUUAGCUUUUCAGUAUUAUAGGAACUUAAUAAUUGAUUUCUUACUAGGGGACUUUCUCAACCCUGGUCAUAUACUCGUUUCACUUUUGAGGAAUCUUCUGUCAUCCAGGUUGUAUGAUGAACUAUAUAGCAAGCCCUAACAAGGAGCACAUGUCCGCCAUCUUUGUUCAUCGUGCUGUGUGAUAACUUUUCCAUGGAGAGCUGUGUAAGUCUUUAACUUCUACACUAAAAUACUUAUCAUUGUAUUUUAAUUUUUCAACAGC